CAUGGUGAUCAGUUAUCGUAAUUCACAUGGCAAGUCCCAAAUAAAAAAGUCCAAAAAUAUAUACAAAACAAUGGUUUCCCGUGAGAUCUUCUUACUACUCUCACUUAUCCUUCUCAACCUAGCAAACACAUCGCAGUCUUAUGAACCAAAGGUUCAAGCAUUUCUACACCCUAUUUACAAAGACAAGGCCUCAAAUCUCUACUCUUUGCCUUUAUCCAUUGGCACGGAUCUCCCUAGCCAGAACUUCCUCAUCGACCUCAACGGAGCCGCACCGUUAUUGCUAAACUGUGCCACCGCGGCCAAAUCCCCUUCACACCGCUCCAUCAAAUGCGGUUCCACAACAUGCAAAUUCGCAAACCCUAGCUUUUCCUGUCCGAACAACACCACCAAGAAGCCUACCUGUGGCAAUUACCUCUCAACUUCAUUGACUAACCGACCAGUCAAUGCUAGGUUCCUCCGAGACGCCUUCUACUUACUAUACACUCCUAAUGGAGUAUACCAUAUGGACAGCGAAAAGAUCUCUACGUUGACUUUGACUUGCACUGAUGAUGCAACUGCCUUAAAGUCUAUACCCUCGGCUUUCAAUGGGUCCAUUGGUCUAGCUAACACUCAUAUAUCGAUUCCCUCACAGCUUGUCUCUAUGUACAAGUUUCCUCCUAAGAUGUCACUUUGCUUGCCUUCCACGGAAGGAAUGGAGUCGUACUCCGGUGAUCUUUGGAUCGGUGGAGGCCCUUAUUAUUAUAUGCCUUUCAGUAAAGAUGUCACCACGAUCUUCGCCUCCACGCCUUUGAUCAGUAGCAACUCUGGUGAGUACUUAAUCGAUGUGAAGUCCAUCCAAAUCGGUGGAAAGAACAUUCCUAUACUCCAUGGAACUACAAAGAUCAGCACAUUGGCUCCUUACACUGUCCUUCACACUUCCAUUUACAAGGCUCUUCUCGCAGUCUUCACCGGAAGUGCUAAGAUGGUCAAAGCUCCGGCGGUGAAGCCGUUCGGUGCGUGCUUCCGCUCCAACGGAGGACGUGGAGUUCCGGUGAUCGAGCUUGUGCUGAGAGGAGGGGCUAGGUGGAAGAUUUACGGGUCGAACUCGCUGGUGAAGGUGAAUCAAAAUGUGGUUUGCUUAGGGUUUGUUGACGGAGGUGUGAGUCCAAAGAGCCCUAUAGUGAUCGGAGGGUUUCAAAUGGAGAAUAAUUUGCUGGAGUUUGAUGUCAAAGCUUCCAAGUUUUCUUUCUCUUCUUCUCUUUUGCUUCACAACACUUCUUGCUCAAUUUCUAGGUUCUUUGGAAUGUAGUGUACAUGACUGAUUAUCGAUGUUAUGAAAGUUAUCAUCUUUCUUACCAAUAAAUUUAAGUCAAUGAGAUC